AUGUACCAUGUCUACGGUUUGGGUGCAAACAGCGACGGAUGCCUGGGUUUGGGACACAAUAAUACCAUACCAUCACCGGAACUGAUCCCACAAUUAUGCCAUCAAAGCAUACACUACUUUAGCAAUGGUUGCGAUUUUGUAUUAGCAAUGAAUGGCAACUGUAUAUACGGUUUUGGCGAUAACAGGUGGGGCCAAUUGGCACGGGGUAAACAGUCAUACUUUUACACCAUGUUCAAAAACACGGCCGAAUGCGUGACACCGGCAAUCAUACAAUACUUUGUGGGCAUAAAUAUCGCACAAUUGUGUUGCGGUAACGAUCACUGUUUGGCCCUUACCGGCGAUGGCCGGGUGUACGGCUGGGGCCGUAACUAUUGGGGCCAAAUCGGGUGCAAUGAUAGUGACUGUGAAUAUAGCGGGGGUCAGACCUUCCGGUCCAUACCCUAUGAGUUACAAUUUGGUGGUAAUUAUAAAAUACGUGAUAUCUAUUGCUGUCAUUGGUCUUCCUAUGCGAUCACCACCGAUGGCCAGGUCUUCAGUUGGGGCGACAAUCGGGAGCAACGGUUGGGCCAUAAUAUACGGGAUAAAAAAGCAAUGGACAGUGAAAAGCAAAAUGAUAACAAUUCACUAUCAGGUGAUAAGUCUAGUGAUGGUAAUUACAAGAGGUAUUUCAUAGAGGUCUCGGCGGUUGGUACGGGUGGUUUUGGGACUGUAUUUCAAGUUAAACAUAGAUUGGAUGAUAAGAUAUAUGCCGUCAAAAGAGUGCAAUUUGAGGGUUUUAGUGAAGAGAAGAAAAAUCGUAUUAUGAAUGAAGUGAAAAGUCUGGUUAAACUGGACUCAGAUUUUGUGGUCAAAUAUUAUCACUCAUGGCUUGAGAACAAUCAUCUGUACAUUCAAAUGGAGUACUGCUCUCAAAGUCUUAAGACAAUACUUGUGGACAAACUCAUUGUCUUCGGGAGACAACCGGAAGACCCGAUGAAAGUGUUUGAAUAUUUUCUUUGUUGCGAAAUAUUCAAAGAGCUCUUAGAGUGUGUCCAAUAUCUACACGAGUCGUGUCCACCGGAUAUCCAUCGGGACCUCAAACCCGCAAAUAUACUUGUUUUACAAAACAAUGCAAAUAAACGGUUCGUAAAACUGUGUGACUUUGGUUUGGCCACCGAUCACGACAUGACAUCCAUGAGCCACACGACUAAUGUGGGCACUUCUCAAUUCAUGGCACCCGAGAUAUAUCAAAGCCAUUACACCGUUAAGGUAGACAUCUAUAGCCUGGGAGUGAUUGCCUACCAUUUAUUUGACUUAUUCAAUAUUGAAAAUCCAAUAGAAAAAUACAGUUUGACUCAGUUUUCGGACAAUUUUGACAAAUUGCAUGAAAUGAUUGCAUCAAUGUUUCAGUCAAUGGCAGACAAUCGGCCGACCAGUGGUCAAGUGCUCGAGGAUUACAAUCACUGGUCUAAAGUAGUUGUAAAUGAGAAAAAUGAUAGUAAAUUAAAUCGACUUGGUUAUUAUAAAGCACAAUUCAUCGAGUUGAACACAAUUGGUGCUGGUAAUUUUGGAAAAGUAUAUAGAGUACAGCAUAGAUUGGACGCUAAGAUAUACGCUGUUAAAAAAGUACAAUUUGAUGACUACACAAAAAACCUAUUCAUAAGUGAAACAAAAAUUAUCGCAAAAGUACACUCAGAUUUUGUGGUCAAACAUCACAACUUGUGGUCAGAGGGACAGUACCUAUACAUCCAAAUGGAUUAUUGCCCGCAAACGCUAAGCUCUAUACUCCGGUGGAGACGAGACCUGUUAGGCAGACAACCGGCCGAACCUAUGAAUGUGUUUGAGUAUUAUAUUUCAUGUGAAAUAUUUCGCGACCUCUUGGAGUGUCUGCAGUAUAUCCACGAACUCACGCCACCUGUUAUUCAUCGAGAUCUAAGACCUGAAAAUAUACGUAUUUCUUACAACAACAGUAGUAAUAAUAGAUUUUUGAAACUUGGUGCUUUUUCUCUGGCCACGUCCAUUGGCCGCCCGAAUAAUGCCGUGAAUUUACAAUAUAUAGCACCAGAAACAUAUCGUUCCAUAUAUACCAUUAAGGUUGACAUCUAUAGCCUGGGAGUGAUUGCACACAAUUUGUUUGAUAUAUUUAAUAUGGCAAAUGUAACCAAGAUUUAUAAUUUGACUGCAUUUCCGGCCAAUUACAACAAGUUAUGCGAAACUAUUUUAUCAAUGAUUGAAUACACGGACACCAAAAGGCCGACCAGUAGUCGAGUAUUAGAAGACUACAGCCAGUGGUCUAUCGAUAAUGCCGUUCAAAGUGACCAUGAUGCAAUUGUAGAAUUUUAUUUUAAUAACCAAUUCACUGAGAUACUUCAUAUAAGUUCCGGAUCAUUUGGCACAGUAUUUAAAGUUAAACAAAAAUUUGAUAAUAAAAUAUAUGCUGUUAAAAAAGUACAAUUUGAUGAUUUUAGUGAAGAAAAUAAACACAAAAUUAUGAAUGAAGUGAAAAGUCUGGAAAAACUAGACUCAGAUUUUGUAGUUAAAUAUUACAACUCAUGGCUUGAGUGCAAUCAUCUGUACAUUCAAAUGGAGUACUGCUCUCAAAGUCUUCGGUCUAUUCUCACAGACAAACCGAUUGUCUUCGGGAGAGAACCGGAAGACCCGAUCAAAGUAUUUGAGUAUUUUAUUUGCUGUGAAAUAUUCAAAGAGCUCUUAGAGUGCGUCCAAUAUCUACACGAGUCGUGUCCACCGGUUAUCCAUCGGGAUCUCAAACCCGAUAAUAUAUUAAUUUCGCAAAAUAAAGGCAUUAAUGACCGGUUUGUUAAACUUUGUGACUUUGGUUUAGCCACCAAUCAUGAGAUGACAUCCAUGAGCCACACGGGAAAUGUGGGUACUUCGCAAUAUAUGGCACCAGAAGUGUAUCAGUCCCGGUAUACCAUCAAAGUGGACAUUUAUAGCCUGGCAACAAGCGGCCGACAAGUGGCCGAGUAUUACAUGACUAUAACGACUGGUCUAUUGAUAAUGUUAAUCACGGGCUCGAGUUCGGGCAUCGGUGCGGCCACUGCUGUCCAGUUCGCUAAAGCCGGCGCUCAAGUGGUGGUUACUGGACGGACCAAUAAUCUACCGACAGAUACGGCCAAACAGUGUCUGGAAGUAUCGCCGAAAGGGAUUCAAGCGCUGGAAGUGACGGCAGAUGUGACCAAACGGGAAGACAUGCGACGACUCGUUGACCAGACUAUCAAACAUUUCGGUAAACUUGAUAUUGUGGUCAAUAACGCCGGCGCCGCAAUUUCCACCACUAUUGAUGACAUCGACUAUUACGACAAGUUUGAGAAAGUGAUAGCAAUUAAUCUCAAUUCUGCCGUAUAUUUAACGCAUAUAUGUGUCGAGUAUUUGGCGAAAACCAAUGGAAAUAUAAUUAAUAUCUCGAGUGUCACCGCAAAACGUGCCUCGGUGUCAAUGUCGCCCUAUUGUAUGUCAAAGUGCGCUCUGGAUAUGUUCACCCGGUGUAUGGCCGCCGAGUUGGCGCCUAAAGGCAUCCGAGUUAACGUGCUCAAAGUAGUGUUCUUAGAAUCUGAAAACAGUAUCAAAUUAGCUUGA